AUUAAAAGAAGAAAUUUACAAAUUGUAUGUUAUAAAAUGUGAAGACAUUAAAAAAUUAAUUUGGAAAAGUUCACUACAUUUAUCACAAUUUCCUGGAGCAUUAACAUGUUUCUCUCGACUAAUUUAUUUAGAUGUUGAUGCUAAAUUCGUAAAUUCCAUUGCUCUACAUGAGAUGGCACAAUUAUGUAAAGAUAUAGAGAAAAUAAUAAUUAGUAAUGCAGCUCAAGAUAAUUCGGGAUUAAUAGAAUUAAUUGAUGUACAAAGAAAUCUAAAAAGUGUAUCAAUUUUAUCUAAAAAUAUGAAAGCAAUUAGUGAAGCAUUAAAUAAAGCAUUGACAGGGAAAGCAAAUACAAUAAUUGAAUUUAUUUUAAGUCCAGUUAAUUGUAUUCCACCAUCAAUUAUAAAAUCUCUCAUUAACUUAAAAAAAUUAUCAUUUCAUAAUUGUGAUGAAUUUGAAGAUUUUAAAGAAUAUUCUAAAAUAUUAGAAUUCCUUCCAAAUCUUUGGUACUUUCAUGUUAAAGAUAUUCCUUUUUUUAAAGAUUUGGCUAAACUAAUUGAAAACUCUAAAGGAAAUAUCGAAAUAUUUUCUUUUUAUACUGGGUUUUGUCAUAAUGAAAACACUGGAUUACUUAUUAAGGCAAUUUCUAGAAAUUGUCCAAAGAUUAAAGAAUUAACAACAUAUCUUGGUUCCGAAGAUUUAAAUUAUUUGAAAGAAUUAUUAGUAAAUUGUAAUUAUUUAGAAAAGAUUGAAUUUUUCAGUUUAGAACUUGAUAAGGUUGAAUAUAUAGGAGAUGAAAUAUGUGAUAUUUUGGCUGAAUAUUCUCCAAAAACAUUGCAUAAAAUAAUGCUUAGUGAUAAUUGGAUGUUUUCUAUUAACGGGUUGAAAAGAUUUUUAGAAAGUUGGAGAGGAAGAAGGCCACUUUCAUUUUCUAUUGAUUAUCAUCAUAAUAGAGAAUUUUUUACGUAUGGUCAUAUGGAAAUACUUAUAAAAUACAAAAAUGAAGGGGUGUUAUAUAUACAGGAAUAAAUGUUGAAAGCCGUGAUAUAUAUAAAUGUUUAAUUUUAAUUUCACGUAAAUCACAGAAAAAAAGCGCGUUAUUUAACACUUCCAUGCCUGGAUUAGUCGAUCUUCGAUCUUGGAGAUGUAGAUCAUUAACAUGUGUGCCGAUAAUUUAAUUCAUUGUGAGGGAGAUUCUCUUAUUUCGAUUUUCUAAUUAAUAAUAUAUAUUAAUAUGGGGUUUGUUUUUUAUUGCACCCGCGAAAUAUCGUAUCCUCAUAUAAAAGUCGAAAACGAUAUUCUAAAUCCUUUUUAAUAUACUAAAUAAAAUUGUAAAGCAGGCAAAAAUACGCAUACUAUAUGGUUUUUAAAAGU